UGACGCUGAGUUUAUGACAAAUCGUUACUUAUCUUUACGCUCCCGCUGGUCUCUUUCGUGUGUAUUUCACGGUUUACGUACUAUCAACAUAGAGUAAAAGCCGAAUUCCCACACACGUGUAAGGGCACGUGAAGGUAACACAGCUCUAGCAGCCGGGUGCAGUGAUAUUGAGAGGUCAGUCGUCUUCAAAUUCAACCUAAACAGGAAAUCCAAGAUGUCUGGAGAACUGCCCCUCAACAUCAACAUCAAAGAGCCGCGAUGGGACCAGGGAGCGUUCAUGGGCCGCGCCAAGCACUUCUUCAUGGUCACGGACCCCAGGAACGUCCUGCUAUCCUCCGGGACGCUGGAGGAGGCCCGGGUGAUCGUGGAGAACUACAGAGCCGGGGUGGUGACGCCCGGCCUGACGGAGGACCAGCUGUGGAGGGCCAAGUACGUGUACGAUUCGGCCUUCCACCCCGACACCGGCGAGAAGAUGUUCGUGAUCGGCCGGAUGUCCGCUCAGGUGCCCAUGAACAUGUCCAUCACUGGCUGCAUGCUCACCUUCUACAGGACCACACCGGCGGUGGUGUUCUGGCAGUGGGUUAACCAAUCCUUCAACGCAGUGGUCAACUACACCAACCGCAGUGGAGAUGCUCCCAUGACAGUCAAUCAGCUCGGUGCGGCCUACGUGAGUGCCACUACUGGCGCCGUGGUCACCGCCCUGGGCCUCAAGUCUCUGGCCACGCGUCUCCCGCCCAUCAUCAGCCGCUUCGUGCCCUUCGCCGCCGUCGCCGCUGCCAACUGUAUCAACAUUCCCUUCAUGAGACAGAGGGAGUUAAAGUACGGCAUUCCCGUGACGGACGAGAACGGGAACAGGUUAGGAGAGUCUGCCAACGCGGCCCAGCUGGCUAUCAUGCAGGUGGUGGUGUCCAGGAUCGGCAUGGCGGUGCCAGCUAUGGCUAUCCCUCCCGUCAUAAUGAACACACUGGAGAAGCGAGCCUUCAUGAAGCGCUUCCCUAUUCUCAACGCUCCCAUCCAGGUGGGGCUCGUGGGUUUGUGCUUGGUGUUUGCCACCCCGCUGUGCUGCGCCCUGUUCCCACAGAAAAGCUCUAUGAAAGUGAGCGGGCUGGAGCCGGAGCUUCAGGACAGGAUACGACAGAGCAACGAGACCACCACCCUGGUCUACUUCAACAAGGGCCUGUAGGACCUCCACGCGCACGGCACGCACACACACACACACACACACACACACACGCAAUUUAUUUAUGUUUUUGGAAACGCAAGUCAAACACACUGAGGAAAGACGUUUGUGUGUAAAAGUAACGUUACUGAUGUAUUUAGCUAUGAACUUGAAUGUAAGAUCCCUGUCCUAUUGUACUUCUACACUGGUACUAUUGUU